UUCUACAAUAAAAAAUAUAAAAAGGUAAUGGUAAGAUAUGACUUGCGUUUGAAUACGAUAAUUAUUCAGAGGUGGCUGUCUUGCCAUUUUUUCCAGAAUGCUUCUGGUUUUAAUGAUUUGAAAAAGUUUACUGGUGGACAGUAAACGCGGUGUGUCGUCCCCCCUCCCCCCCUCCCCUGCUUCAGCCUCUGCCGCCUCCACACAAAAACUGUACUGAGCUUAUUUCUCUGAAAAUCGCUGUUGAGUGGUUGAGUGAGUUGAAUAAAUGAGUCUUUCAGAAGUGACUACAGAAGUCGUUACAUUUAGGAAUGAAGCCGGGGUUGGGGGGAACCUAGUAAAAAUGCAUUUUUAUAAAGAUAGCGGGAAAGGUUUGAAAUUACAUGCGGGUCCUUUAAGAUGUAGGGGAGCAGCCACCCGACAACUCCAAAGAAUUGUGGGGCGAAGUGAGAAGAUGGCAGGUCUUGAUUGGUUAGAGACAGCUGCAUCCUGGCAGGUGAUUGGCUCCACAGUUGCAUGGGGCUGCUUUUGUCGUCACAAUCCCAGCAUGCCGUUGUAGCCGUUGUAGCCGUUGUAGCCUGCCUGUGGAACUCGCGGAACUUGCUGACGGGAGCCAAACACCACCUCCUCGUCUGCCGGAGCUGCCCUUAAAAUGAAUAAGAAUGGGUUUGGGAGCUGUGGCGACCUCUCUGCUUCAGGCGGAGCCGUCGGAAGCAAUGACCCACCGUCUCAGGGCAGGGUAGGUCUUGCUUUUAAGUCCAUACGAUACAGGUCCCGAAUCCAGGAUAUUAUACCUUGUUGUGUAAACCAGCUGCUCACCUCCACUGUGAUUGAUAAUGUCUUCACGAUUAGGGGAAUCAAGGUUUCCCUAGUCUCUAUCGUGGGGAUAAUCAGGCAGGCAGAGACGGCUGCAAAUUCCGUUCUUUACAAGAUUGAUGAUAUGACCACCAAGCCUAUCAGUGUCCGCCAGUGGGUCGGCAGAGAUAGAGCAAAGCAAGGGAUAACUCUCCUUCCAGUGGGAGUAUACGCCAAAGUGUUAGGUAUCCUCAAAUGUUCUGCGGAGGUGAAGAGCCUUGAGGUGUUGAAAAUCCGUGUCCUGGAGGACAUGAACGAGUUCACCACACAUAUUCUAGAAACGGUUAAAGCGCACAUGAUGCUGGAUAAAGCCGCCUCUGGGCAAAGUGUCCCUGUUGUUCCCUCAGAAAUGGAUGAGGCCCAGAUGCACAGCGAGUACCACCCCGACUUCAUCCGGAAGGAGGUGCUGCAUUUGAUUCACGAGUGUCCUCGACAGGAAGGCAAGAGCGUUCGUGAGCUCCAGACCGAGCUUAGCAACCUGAGCAUCGGGACCAUCAAUCAAGCCAUUGAGUACCUGACCGUCGAGGGCCACAUCUACUCCACUGUGGAUGGGGAGCAUUUUAAAUCUGCUGAUUGAAGCACUGAAAACUUUUUUUCAUUUUCUGAACACCCUGCCUCCAGUUGUGACUGAGUUUGACUGUUUGACUUUUAGGAAGUAGAUUUCUUUAAACAAAAGAUUGGAACUGGCAUCCUUUUGGAACUUCACUGCUUUUCCAACUGCUUUGAACUUUUCUAUUUUUCUAACUAUAUUUGAAGCUCAGAGGGAGAUGGCGAUGGAUAAAUUGGCCUUUUUGUAGAGUUUACCAGCAAGCAAAUUAAAACACUCUUGGACAGAUGAUUUUGGGGGAGAAAAGGUAUAGAAAAAGUUGAAAAUUAUUAGUUGCAUGGGAGCUUCUUCUUCUGAAAUACCUACAUAUUAGGAGAAAGUAGAUGCAGUCAAGGAGCCAGUUAAGAGACAAAAAAAUAUUCUGUUGUUUUUACAUUAGACUUAUUUUCUGUGUUUGGAUUUAGCAUAUUAUAGUCAUAUUAGUAUCUCUUGCUAAAUAUAGUAGUUGAUUAAUUCAGAUGUGCUAAAGAUAGCAGUUUAUGAAUUCAGGCACUCAGUUCAAA